AUGCCGCCUGGUCUCAAGCGUCUGGCUACGGAGGAUGGAAGCGUCUCGCCUCCACCACUAAAGCGCACAGCACCUGCAGCUAGCACAACUACGAAUUCAGCUGUCGCCAACUUCUUCAAGCCAGCUUCGCAAAAGGAGCCCGAGAAGCUGACAUGGAAAGUCAUUGACAACACAUUGCUCUACUGCAAAUACGACAAGGUCGAUGGCUCUGCUGCGGUCAGGCCACGCAAGAUUGCAGCCUUUGACUUUGAUUCAACUUUGGUGGACGCCAAAUCAGGAAACAGAUUUGCCCGUGAUGGCGAUGAUUGGAAAUGGUGGCACAGACAGGUUCCAUCAAAGUUGAAGCAAUUAGCUGAAGAUGGAUACUUGCUAGCGAUCCUCAGCAACCAAGCUGGUAUCAGCAUGAAGAGCGACUCCAAGACGGUCAAGUCAGACAAGAAGAGACUGGUCGACUUCAAGCAGAGGGUUAAAGGCGUCCUCACACAACUCGACUUGCCCAUUGUCCUCUAUGCGGCCACCGACAAAGACAAGUUCCGCAAACCCCGCUCAGGAAUGUGGGACAAGCUGCUAGAAGCACAAGGCUUGACUCAAGAAGGCGACGUUGACCUUCAGGCCUGCUACUUUGUGGGUGAUGCAGGAGGUCGAACAGCUAGUACUGGAGGCUUCAAGGCAGACUUCUCUUGCUCAGACAGAGACCUUGCCAGCAACAUUGGCAUCAACUUCAUGACUCCGGAAGAAUUCUUCCUGGACGAUGAGCCUCGACCCUUCGCUCGCGCGUUCGACCCGUCUAAACACGUAUCACCAGUACUGACGAGCAAGACAGACGCAAGUCCUAUUGCUUUCACCAGAAAAAAUGAUCUGGAGCUUGUUAUUUUCUGCGGAAGUCCUGGAGCUGGAAAAUCAACCUGGUUCCAGCAACACCUUAAGCCCUUAGGCUAUGAGCGAGUCAACCAGGACUUACUCAAAUCGAGAGACAGAUGCCUCAAGGUAGCCCGAGAGUUUUUGGAGGAUGGGAAGUCGGUAGCAGUUGACAACACCAACGCCGACCUCAAGGCCCGGGAGUAUUGGACCUCUUUGGCCAAGUCGCUCGAGAUCCCUAUUCGAUGCGUGCACUUCACAGCCCCAGCCAAGCUCUGUGAACACAACGAUGCGUACCGCGCUAUUGGAGGACUACUACACGGGAUGAACCCAGAAUCGAGAAUUAUGCUGCCGAGACAAGCUUUCACUGGUUUUGCAGGUAGAUAUGUUCCACCAACCCUGGACGAGGGCUUCGUCGAUAUCACGAAGGUCGAAUUUGAGUUUUCUGGUACCGAGGAGCAGAAGACCGCAUGGUCGAAAUUCUGGGUUUGA